GUGAUCACAACAUGGUCAUUACUUACGUUGACGCGAGACAUCCUGGCGCCAACCACGAUGCUUUUAUAUGGAAGCACAGUACAGCAGAACAAAUGCUUAAUUCAGAUUUUAAUAAUGGCAAAAUCAAUACAUGGCUACUUGGUGACUCUGGAUACCCACUGGAGCCAUAUUUGAUGACACCGUUCCGUUUGCCCGGUGACGAAAUCCAGAGACGCUUUAGUGACAGACAUGCAAAAGCAAGGAAUAUCAUUGGACGCUGUUUCGGCGUUUUGAAAAAUAAGUUCCGGUGCAUAAUAAGCUCACGGGGACUCCAAUAUUCCACCGAAAAAGCUUCAAAAGUUAUAAAUGCGUGUUGCGAAUUGCGUAAUGUGUAUUUCUUUUAAUGACCAGUUGCCUUUCAUUCAACUGAAUGAAGAUGUAGCAAGUUAACCCUGCGGGUUAGGGG